AUCAUACUCCGAUCCUAUUCUUAAUGUUAAAAGUUGUUUACUUUUAUGUGUAUUCAAAAAAGGAAGGCGAAUAUAUUUUAAAAAGGAAAUAAAAAAUUUUUAAAUUGACAAAGUAAUAACCGUCUAUUAUGUUUCGAAAUCCUUUAAGUGACCAUGAAGUUCCGGAUAAUAUAUUGCAGUUUCAAACUCCUAUUAUUUGUGACUACUUUCAAAAAACUCCAAAUGAAGAACUUAUUUUAGUUAAUGACGAAAAUACACAACAUUCCUUUUUCCAUAAUUAUCCUACUAGUCCAUAUAUUCAUGCUAAUAGAGUAUUUGGUGGUAAAAAUUAUCCUCAGUCAUAUAAAAUAAUAUCUCUUGGUCAAUACCCUACAAGAGUAAUUUAUACUAGAAAAGAAAAGGGAAUAAAUUAUAAGGUUCCAAAUAAUUAUCAAGUAGAAACAGUAUUAAAUGGAUUAACAGUUUUGUGCAAAACACAGUAUCAAUUUUCACGUAAAAUUGUAGUUAGAUAUACUGUUGAAUGGACGGAUGAAAAUGGCCAAAUAAGAUCAAGUUACAGUUUGUCAUCAGCUGGAGCUGCAGGUUCUUUAUUUUUAAAAGAAAUAUGUAAUAAACCUAAUUCACGAGUUUCUGGAACAACACUUUUUGGUUUAGACACAAGUUUUUUACAACAAAUCCGCGAAAUUAUUGCUUCUCAGCCACAACAAAUACCUGCUAAUCGUAAACGAUGUUUUACUGAACUUACAUCACAAUCACAAAAAAAUAAACGCAUUUCAAUGAUUGGAAAGGAGAUUGCUACACAAACUUUAACAAUUCUCAAAGAAAAUAAAUUCACCUCAUCAUCUGAAGAAAUUAUUGCAAGUCUUGAAGCUAUAAUUCUUAAAAUUAAUGGUGAAAUAGUUGAAUUGAAUUUUCAUUCUGACAAUAUAACUGAUUUUACACAACACUUAGAUUCAAUUAUUCGUGCCUGUGAUGAAACAUUAAUUUCGCGUGAUAGUUAUCGCAGAUUAGCCAAAGCUGUUCCAAAUUUAAUAAGAGAAUAUGUAAUUGAAAAACGAUGA